AAUUGCAACACAUGAACCGGAAAGGGAGGUUGUUUUGUUGACACGGGCCAACACGAAAAACAGAAGAGAACGUAAAUGAUUCAAAAAAUAUAAAUUAAUUCAAUCAACCAAUGAACUAUCCGUGUGCAAAGCUAAGCAGCUUCUUGUAUGCCUAAACCCUAAAUUAGGGAGGUUUUGUGCACUCUGCCUCUUCUGCGACCACCUCGUGUAUCCCGAUGCCUACCCUUUGAGAGCAUCCCAGCACCCACUUCCUGAGGCCACCCGAUUUGCCCUGUUGUCAAACAGAGGGGAAGGGAGAAGCAGCAUCCGACAUGGCGGCCAAAGCAGGGGACAACCCCGAUAGCCUCAUGGCGCUGUCCACGGCCUUCUGCCUGAGGAACCUGAGGAGGACCAUGUGCUACCUGGGAGACGGGAACAAGCUCUGCCUACGCUCAGAUGUCUUCCUGCCCAGCGAGAUCUGUGACAAGCUGGUCAACACAUACAUGGAGCUGGUACAUUCGGACAGUAACUUUGAGCCGCAGGACGGCUUCUUCCAGCUGUUCUCAGACCCGCGCAGCACCAGGCUCACCAGGGUGCAGCUGAGGGAGGAUCUUGUGCGGGACAGGGACCUGGAGGCCAUUGGGAAACAGGACUUGAUAGAGCUUCACCUCACCUACUGCAACAGCCUAUCAGCACGCAGCCUAAAGACUCUGGCCAGCUUCCGCCAGACCCUAGUCUCCCUCAGCCUGUUCGGCUGCAGCCACAUCUUCUACCGCAAGGGUGGUGCCCCGCUGGCUUGCAAUGAGGACGACGAGGAAGAAGAGGAGCAGCGGCCUGCCUCCAGACAGGCGCUGGACACAGACUUCAGCUUCCAGGGCUUCAACCGGCUGCGGCUGCUCAACCUGGGGGGUCUGCCUGAGGAGGUGGACCCAGAGGCCCUGCUCAAGCCCCUGCCAGCCCUCACCUCUCUGGACCUGUCUGGGGUGCAGCUGCCCAGGGCUGCCUUCCUGGCCCAGUGGAAGGAGAGGCUGGCCUCGCUGGUGCUCUACAACGUGGACCUGUCUGAGGAGCUGGUCAACACAGUGGUGGAGCUGGGACACCUCAGGCACCUGGAUAUCUCCCGAGAGCGCACCUCCAAGUUCAAAAUGACCCGUAAGAUCCUGACGGCCAUCGUGCAGGGCCUGGUCAAUCUGGUGUCGUUGGACAUCUCAGGCCACAUCAUGUUGGACAACUGCACAGUCCCACACCUCGAGGAGGCCAUGGGACGUCCAAGCAUUGAGCCCUGCAAGAGCAGCAUCUACCCUUUCCAGGAGCUGAAGAGACCUCUGCAGUUUCUGGGGCUCUAUAACACCACUCUUUGUAAUGUGACGCACAUCCCUGCGUACAAGGUCACAGGCUCCAAGAAUGAAGACCAGGUCCUGAAUGCCAUCGAGGCCUACACAGAGUUCCGCCCGGAGUUGGCCCACCGUGCAAUCAACCAGCUGUUUGACAUCGCCAGGAUACAGCACUGCAGCCAGCUACUGCGGGCACUGCAGCUUGUGAUUGCUGCACUGAAGUGUCAUAAGUACGAAAAGAGCGUCCAGGUGACGGGCAGCGCGGCCCUCUUCUACCUGACCAACACUGAGUACCGCAGCGACCAGAGCAUGAGGCUACGCCGGCAGGUCAUCCAGGUGGUGCUCAACGGCAUGGAGCAGUACCAGGAGGUCACGGUUCAGAGGAACUGCUGCCUGACACUGUGUAACUUCAGCAUCCCCGAGGAGCUGGAGUUCCAGUACGGCCGGGUCAACCUGCUGCUGCUGAAGAUCCUGGAGCCGGCCCGGCAGGACGAGUCUAUCCAGCGCAUCGCUGUGCACCUCUGCAAUGCCCUGGUCUGCCAAGUGGACAACCAUCACAAGGAAGCUGUGGGCAAGAUGGGCUUCGUCAAGACAAUGUUGAAUCUAAUACAGAAAAAGCUACAGGACAGGAUGUGUGACCAGGUAAUGGAGUUCUCCUGGAGUGCACUGUGGAACAUCACUGACGAGACUCCAGACAACUGUCAGAUGUUCCUCAACUGUAGGGGCAUGAGCCUCUUCCUGGACUGCCUGAAGGAGUUUCCAGACAAGCAGGAGCUCCACCGUAACAUGCUGGGGCUGCUGGGUAAUGUGGCAGAAGUGAGGGCUCUGCGGCCACAACUCCUCACCCCACAGUUCAUCUCUGUCUUCAGUGACCUGCUCGACAGCAAGGCGGAUGGGAUCGAGGUGUCCUAUAACGCGUGUGGGGUGCUGUCCCACAUCGUGUUUGAUGGGCCAGAGGCAUGGGGAAUGGAGGAGCCGCUGAGGGACACGGUCAUGGACAAGAUGAUGGCUGCUAUCCAGAGCUGGGAUGUCACCUCCCGCCGGAAUAUCAACUACAGAUCCUUUGAGCCUAUCCUGCGCCUGCUGCCCCAGAGCAUCGCCCCAGUCAGUCAGCAUUGGGCCACGUGGGCACUCUUCAACCUGGUGUCAGUCUACCCGAGUAAGUACUGCCCUCUGCUGGUCAAGGAAGGGGGGAUCGUUCUCUUGGAGAAGGUGCUGGAGCUCCAGACAUCACACGAAGAGACCAAGGACAUGGCGCGGAAAGUGAUGGAGCAGUGUGAGAAUUUCAAAGAAGACCCAAUGGAAACGGCAAGGUAGACAACGAUCAGCAGAGGUAGACGUCAGGGGAGCAACACCGCUAUACAAACAAAAAGGCAACUUCAUAGGAACCAUUGUUUACUAUCUUCUCACCACAAGGGUCAGUUGUGUGCAUCGAUUUACUGUAGAGCAGAGCAACAGUUUUUUGCCUCUCGGCCAGCCUUUCUGGACAGAACCUUGUUAUGCGACACUAUUAGGAGGUUGAGAUAUGGUGCACGGAGUUGGUGUGUUUUAUUUGUGUUGCACAUGAUAAGCAUCAUUUGUAUAAUGGAUUUGUGUUCUCUUAUUGGUUUGUUUUGCUUUUUUGUGUGCGUGCUUGUCCUUGUCUGAGUGUGAGCAUGCUAGAGUGCGUGUGUAUGAGUGUGUAUGAAAGGUCGUAUGUGCGUGCAUGUGUUUAUAAUAAGGUUCAAAACACUGGGGAGAUGUUUGCCUCUUUGUAAACAAAACGGAGGUUAUUAUUGUCUUUCUCUCCCCUUAGUCUGUUGUAUUGGGUCUAGUGAGAGGCCCUCCAUUAUAUAAGCUGAGUUUCCAACACAGCGUCAUCAGAGAGCUCCAUUAUGCCCAUCAUGAUCCUUCCAAGAUUCCUUGGUCCUCUCAGCGAUUUCUGACACAGAAAUUCUAAAUGGAUGACGCCAUGAGAUGUGGAAGGUGGUUAGUUUUAUCCCAUGCAGCACUAAUCUGUGGACAGUUGUUAUUGCGCAGUGAAGUUGCUAUGUCUGUGGAGGCCUCUACAUCCCAUACCGAUUGAGAGCGUAACCGUGGACUGUAACCAUGACGAUGACCCCGGCAGAAGUCUUCCUAGAUCCUGUGGCAUGGUGAAGGACUUUAUUUAGUUUUUCGUUGUAGAUAUUUGGAGUUGUCAGUCCCAUCUUUGUUUUGGUCUGUCUGUUUUUAUGCUAUAUGAUUAUAAACACUCCUAUGAUUUAAUCUGUACAUCUAGGCUUGGUUCCCAAUUCUUUACAUACAGGUAACUGCCAAAAUAAAGAAAGCACUUGAGUAAAUUAGAGUUUUAAUGGCUCUUAUGGUGUGGGGUGCAUUUUCCUGACAUGGCUUAGGUCCUGUCAACCCUUUAGAGGGAAAGGUAAACGGCAAAAAUAUAUACACAGCCAUUCUGAGUGAUCACCUUCAACCUAUGGUGAAUAAUUUAUAUCCUGAUGGGAGUGGACUCUUCCAGGAUGACAAUGCCCCCAGCCACACACACACACACACACACACACACACACACACACACACACACACACACACACACACACACACACACACACACACAUGAGUGGUCACAAUGGUUUGAUGGGCAUGAAAACAAUGUAAGCCAUAUGCCAUAGCUGUCUCGGUCACCAGAUCUCAACCCAAUUCAACACUUAUGGGAGAUUCUGGAGCGGCGCCUGAGACAGCGUUUUCCACCACAAUCAACAAAACACCACAUUUGGGGAUUUCUCCAAUGCAGCUGUUUUUAUUUGAAUAUAAAAUCAUUUCUUGAACUAUUUCUAAUUUCUUUAACUCAUUUACUGCAUGGUGAUGUUACCAUGGAAGGCCAAAACUCCAUCCCACCAAAACUGGCAUUCUUUUCAAACAGCUCUUAAUGGGCAUUAUUUUCACAAUUUCACAGUAUUAUUCCAACCUCAUAGUGUGGAAAUAUGUGUAUAAUACAGGUCAAUCAUGUUUUAGAGUGCACUGGGCCUUUAAGACAAAUGUUGGUUUUUCCUUUAUUUUGGCAGUUACCUAUAUAUAACCUGUGAAGAAGCCAAAUGAGAAACAAACCAGGGAGGACUACUGUUAGGGUUUUUGGAAUCUAAAAAUAUGCCCAUGUUCUUACAUUUUAAGGAACGUUUGAAGGUGGAUUUGAAAAAACAUGAUUUGAUUUUGUCUGUCAUGUGUAAAUUGUAAUUAAUCUCAUGGGUCAUAUUUGCAUUAUAAUUUGAUUUCUGAACAGUAUGGAGUAUAUGGAUACAAUGUCCUCAACUACAAAGUCUAAUUUCAUAUUUUGAUUUAACACAUUUAGGAAAACCUGUUACUUAUUUCAAUAGAGUUAGUUGCCAUGUAAAACAUAUUUGGCCUAACAUUUGCACAUGGUUUGGAUACAACGGUAGUCAAGUGAUGUAGUGGUACACUUGGUCUCCAGACACUAGCAUGUUCACGCAACAUUAAUUCAAGAAACCAAUGCCAUGAUAUGGAAACACACAGCAUGCACCAAGUAUCUGUCCUCACACGUCCAACUUUGACAAUAUUCCCUUUUGAAUAUAUCUUAAAACCGAUAAUAUCCAUUGGUUUGGUCAGAACUGUACACUCAUUUCCCCGUCCAAAACUUGAUGUCAGUCGAUCUAAAUGUCAAUUGAAAAAAUACAACGUUCCAAACCAGACUGACUGUUCAUUGAUUGAUCACUAGUGGCAGGGACGCAACUUUCACACCCCCAGUUUUGUCAUUGGAAUGUGAUACCAAACGAGGCAACUGUGCUUUAGGACCAUGCAGACGCCUCCAAACGGUCGGGUAGGCUUUUUAGAGUGUUUAACCGACUGGAUAACUUUAGGAUUUUUGAUUUGAAAAAAUUGUGCUUUGAAAACCAAAGUUGCGCCCCUGACUAGCGGUAUUAUAAUGAUUACAUUUCACAUGAAGGCCCAACAUGUUCAGACAUGACUUUUCCUUCUGAACCAUUAGAUAUCAAAUUAAUGAAUUCACUUUUUCAUGUACAUUGUCUUAAAAGCCUUUUUCAUGUGAUUCUGUAUUUGUAUGCCUGGUUGAACUAUAUUUAUACUGUUCUUUCACAAUUAUGGUGGGAGCUUAUUUUCAAAUGGGAGGCCAGAAUGGGCAAGGCCUAUAGAAAAUGAAAAUAUAUUAUACUGUUAGAAACCUCACUUCGUAGUAAGUUUACUGAUGUUGGAAUCUCUAAUAUUCAAUCAAUGGGCAGAGUUACAUAGCACCAAAGGGAGGAUGGGUUGUUUUAUGUAGGUCUUUUAGGCUGCAGCAUCAGCUCUUUAGCACUAAAUGAACAUAUUACAUACGUUUUUUUUUUAAAUGUCACUAUUCAGUUGUAAAUUGUAGAGCAUCUGAAGAAAUGUAGGUAACACUUAUUUGACAUCUCUGUUCUAAGUCUCCAGAAGAGAUAUGCCUCUUCAUAAUAAUAGUGAUAUUAAUAUUAGGCCUAUAAAAUAUAGGCCUAAAUAUCUCAUUAACAGUCAUGUCAUCUGACACAAACUCCUCUAUAGGUAAGGUAGUCAAUUCCCAGCUAAUCAUGACUGUCAACUUAUUUUUCAUAAGCUACAGUCAGAUUGUAUGACUUCAUAUCUGUUAUAUCACGCCCAUAACAAUAUAUAUUACAGAGGUGUCAAGUGAAACCUACGGUCAAAAUGUGCAUAAUGCUCACACAGUUUGAUUUUCUUUCAAUAGCACCAUCAGUUCUAGAUUUUAUUCCUUUCAUCUCAGAUUAUUAAAAAAUAAAGUUGGAGUGGUUA